UGAAGAAUGGAGAGAAACUCUGUGGUCACAUGACGGAAUUGCAGUUGCUGGCUUCGGCUGCUCACCUUAUAGAAACUCAGUGCUCACCUGAGGGAUACUACCUUUCAUCCUCUUUAUCCUCCUUAUCCAUGACCAGAAACAGUAAAAUCCCACUCAGGUACCACGCUAUCACCUGAAAAGAUAACCAAAAACUAGCCAAAGUCACGAGAAUCUACGGAUCAGGGAUAAUCCGGGUUGAAGUUCCACGCUAUCACCUGAGAAUUACCUGACGCUAACACCUGAUAGCCUUCUCUCCCGUUCCAAUUGACCAGUCGCUGGCGCCGAAAGUCACGGGUUUGUCGUCGUACCUUCGAAAUUGCAGGGCCGACGAGAGAGAGACAGCGACUCAGGGGAAGGUCAGUUUUGUCAUGUGCGAUGGGCGAAUUGUCUGUUGCCGUCGCCCGUGGGGUGAUGGUGUAUAUAAGGAGGGCAUAUCUGCCGCCUUGAAAAGGGGUUGUAGGAGAAUAAUACAGACACGGAGAGAAGAUUGGGACGAUUAUAACGAAUUUACCUGCUAUUUUACAAUAUAUACCCAUAUCCAUACCCAACAUGUCUGGCCCACGCCCAUAUGAAGUUGAGAGGGUGGCUGCCACCUCCGUCCCGGCUGAGAAGAUCAAUGAGACCCUCAAGGCGGGUAACAUCGACCUCAUUUCCUCCACCCUCGGCGGCAAAAUCCUCGCCUGCUCCGAUGAAUACUUCGCCCCCUCCACCAACCUCCUCAACCCCCAAACCCCCAUCCACGAAGCCGGCAAAAUGGUCUACACCGGCGCCUGGUUCGACGGCUGGGAAACGCGGCGCCACAACCCCUCCCCCUUCGACUGGGCCAUCAUCCGUCUCGGCGUCGCCUCCGGCACAAUCACCGGCAUCGAAAUCGACACCGCCUUCUUCACCGGCAACAACGCGCCCGAGAUCUCCGUCGAAGGCGUAUUCUCCCCCUCCGACGAGGAAGUCGUUUCCUGGGCCGGCGGGCGGGGGGAGUGGGAGCCUAUUCUCGGGAUCGAGGAGUGCGGACCCUCUGCGCGGUUUGGGUGGGAGAUCGCUGAGUCGACGGGGAAGGCGUAUACGCAUGUUCGGCUUAACAUGUACCCCGAUGGCGGCAUCGCGCGAUUCCGGCUGUUCGGGCAAGCGGUGCCGAUUUUCCCGAUGGAUGCAAAGGAAGUGUUUGAUCUCGCUGCGGCGCAGAAUGGGGGCGUGGCGUUGUCGUGUAGUGAUGAGCAUUUUGGGGUGAUUUCGAACCUUUUGUUGCCGGGACGGGGGAUGGAUAUGGGUGAUGGGUGGGAGACGAGGAGGACGAGGGGGGAGCAUGUUGAUUGGGCGAUUGUUAAACUUGGUGCUAGGGGGACAAUUGAGAGGGUUGUGGUUGAUACGGCGCAUUUUAGGGGGAACUUCCCGCAGAAGGUGAGGGUGGAGGGGCUGAAUUGGGAGAGGGAUGGGGAGCCGGGAAAUGAAGAGGGGGGGUGGGUCGAGCUUGUUGCGGAGAGUAAGACAGGGCCGGAUGCGCUGCAUGAGUUUGUGGCGAUGGAGCAGGGGAAGGUGUUUACACAUGUUAAGCUGGUUAUGAUCCCUGAUGGAGGUGUUAAGAGACUCCAGAUCUGGGGUGCCAGAGCGGCGAGCUGAGAAGUUUAUAUCUGGGAGAGAAAGAAGGGGAUAGAAUAGGUUGAAAAAGAGAUCCUAUCUUGGACUUUGUAACUAGAUUAAAAAAGACUCUCAUAUAGGGAUAUUUAAAACAAAAAAUAAAAUCUGACACCAAUAAAUUAUGAG